AUGAGAUUCUGGCUUAUCUUCUCUGGUAUCUUGAUGGGAUACGUGAUCGGAUUUUUUGACUCCACGUUGAUGGCUUCGAGUCACCCUGUUAUAACCUCCUACUUCCACGCCUCGAACUCCGCAUCUUGGCUGUCGACGGCAUUCCUAUUGACGUCUACCGCUUUCCUCCCGCUGUUCGGACGCAUUUCUGACACAUUUGGAAGGAAGCCAGUGUAUCUUUUCGCCAUUGCCAUCUUUUUCGUCACUACGGCAUGGUGUGCAGCCGCCCAGAGUAUGUUCAGCUUCAUCGCUGCUCGAGCAUUUUGCGGACUCGGAGCCGGUGGCGUAUUCUCCAUGGGUAUGAUUCUCUCCAGUGAUUUAGUACGCCUCGAAUACCGAGGCGUCUACCAGUCCUACAUCAAUCUCUGUCUGGGUAUUGGUGGCUGCCUUGGUUUGGCGUUUGGCGGGUUCCUGUGCGACCAAGUGGGGUGGAGAGGUGCGUUCCUCGUGCAAUUGCCCUUCAUCUUUGUUUACUUCAUCGUGGCAGCUUGGACAACCCCUGCCGACUUGGGCCUGAAGAGGGCGAAAACAGAGAGGAAGAGUUUGACGCAGCUCCUCAAGAGCAUUGAUCUUGUGGGCUCACUCAUACUUGUCGUCGGUGUGACUUCACUGAUUAUGGGACUAAACCUGGGUGGUAAUGUGUUGAGCUGGUCUCACCCCAUUGUUAUCACGUCCUUGAUCUCAUCUCUCAUCUUAGCUGUUGUUUUUGUUCGCUAUGAGCGGACCGUGGAGCGGGGAGUGAUGCCAAUCUCGUUAUUGGUACAGGAGCCUCGCGCCAGCCUCAUCUUUGGAAACUUCUUCGGCGCCAUCUCCGUUAACACCAUGGUCUUCAAUGCGCCUCUGUAUUUUCAGGCAGUCAAACUAGCUACCCCGACUGACUCAGGUCUCAGGCUAAUUGGCUCAACUCUUGCGGUGACAAUUUCCAGUGUCUCAACAGGCUUCAUCAUCACUUGGACUAAACGGCUUAAGCCAACCAUCAUCUUUGGUGACAUCUUUCUACUGCUGGGUGGUUGCGCUGCCGCUUCCAUGAGCGUUGGUACGCCUGAUUGGCUUGCGAUGGUUUGCGUUUCGCUCUCCAGUCUCGGACAAGGAUGCUCUUUCCCCUCGCUAAUGGUGUCGGUUCUUGCCACUACUGAUCAAGAGGACCAGGCUGUGGCCACGACGACCUUGGGUUUGUGGAGAAACCUCGGAUCGGUGAUGGGUGUCGCAACGAGCAGUUGGAUUUUCCAGAACACCCUCGUGUAUCAACUUGAAGAGAUGGUCACCGGACCCAACAAGGAGGGUGUUAUCCUCCUUGUUCGCAAAUCCGUCCAAGCAAUCGCGAAACUUGAUUCAAUGCAUCAGCAACAAGGUAAGUCUCGAUUAUAUGUACCCGUGGAAGUUAAUGACACUAAAUCCUUGACUAGUAAUCGGAGCGUAUGCUGCUGCCCUUCGCGCUACUUUCUUCUCUGCUGCCAUCUGGGGUGCUCUUAUGCUCCUUCUGCACCUUCGAGUCCGAGUCCCCAAAUUGGGAACCAAAGCAUGAGAACAUGA